AUCGAAUCAACGUCUGCAACCCCUACUCCAUUGUGAUCUCCGAUCGAUAGCGUAUCUGGCUAAUGGAAUGGACCCACGCGCAAACCCCACUUUUUUAAUUUUCAACUUUUAUUUUUUAUUUUUUAAGUUUUGAUGUUGUUGUUCGUCUUUUCUCUUUAUCUUGGCGGACGUCGGAUCUGGUUAGAGUUGUCUCAACUCUCAAGACUCAGAAUUGAUCAGAAACAAGAAACAAAUUUUGAUAAUUAAGGAUUCAUGGCUCAGCAAUCGCAUGUGCCUAAGUUCGGAAACUGGGAAGGUGAGAACGUACCAUACACGGCCUUCUUUGAGAAUGCGCGCAAAGAAAAAGCAAGCGGCAUUAGAAUUAAUCCAAACGAUCCAGAGCAGAAUCCGGAGGCCUUCUUCAAUAAUGGUCCAAGUCCGGAUAAUGAGGUGCCAGCGCCAAGGUUUGGUAGACAUAGAAGCUCAUACGAUGGUAGCCAUAGGACAUUGUCUUCCGGAUCAAGCAGCAAUGCUACUUCUGUCAAUCCACUUAAGCUCAAGCAUCACCGCAACAAAUCUGACAAUAAUAAUGCUGAUGAAUUUUCUCACAGAUCAGUGUCCGUUCCAAAAUUUGGGCAAUGGAAUGAAAAUGAUCCGAGAUCAGGGGACGGAUUUACCGUAAUUUUCAACAAAGUGAAGGAGGAAAAGCACAUAGCUGCGGCCAAGUUUCCUCCUGUGCCACUACAGACUACAAACAAUUAUCAAGCUAGCCCCGAAAAGGAGACCAGAAAGAAAUGUUGCUGCCUGUUUUGAGGAGCAAAACAUGGAGGUUUUCAGUUGGUGUUGGUUAUUCUCCAGUAAAUGCAGCAAAUAUUGAUAUUCUCCAACUGCAAAUUUUCUAUAGCACAUGAAAAUUCUCUUUUCUCUGUGACUGUGAGAGAACAUUUUUCAAGAGAAUUUGUUAUUUUCUUUCAGCAGUUGGAAGCUGUUUUAUUCAUGCAUGUUGGGUGAAGGCAAUCUUCAGUGGAUCAGGCUUCACAGUUGUAAAACGAUGAGUACUAUAACGAGUUGUGGCAUGGCGUCAAGAAACAUGAGAUAUUUAGGGUAAUUGUGUGCGUGUGUUGGCCAAGCGGUAAAGCCUU